AAAACACACACUGCUCUCUCCCAGCACUCAUUCAAACUCUUCGCUCAGAUCAGCUGUAAGUAAAUCUCCAUUUUCUAUUUUCUUCAUCAUUUUCAUUCUUCUAGCAAAUUCUCAGAUAUAUAUACAAGUAUUUGCAUCUCUGUUACCUCUAAUUUUUCCGAGAUUAACAGAAGCAAAUUUUACCUAAAUCACGAUUCAAUUUGUAAAAAAAAAAACACUGAUACUAGGAUGAGCAGUAGCAAUUGUAUUGGAGUCUACACCAUGAGGCCGUGUUGUAGAAUUCUAAUGGGCUAUGGCUACAGGAGCGCUUCAACUUUCGGUUCCUCGGGGCCGAAAUUGAGCCGUGCAGUUGUUGAUAAUGUGUCGAAAUUACGAUCUAGGAGCUGUAGUGGUGAGAGUGUAGGGUGUAUACGUGGAAUUGAUCCGAAUCGGAGAGGUUUUAAUGUGUCCGAUUCGGAGUGGAGCCAUCAGCCUAGGGUUGGUUAUAGUGGUGUAAAUAGAGUUAAGAGAGGUGUUUUAGUGAUCCGGAAUGUGGCGUCGGAUUUUAGGAACCACUCGACCUCGGUUGAUAGUCAGGUUAACGGGAAGUCGUUUGAGAGUAUUUAUAUUCAAGGUGGCUUGAAUGUGAAACCUUUGGUGAUAGAGAGAAUUGAGACCGGUAACGGUGAUGUUGUCAAAGAAGAAGAGUCUAGGGUAGAGGUUAAUGGCGCAAAUGUAAAUGUAAAUAUAGGUGAUUCCAAGGGUUUGAAUGACUCCAAAGUUGAGACAGAGUUGUCCGAAACUGAAAAGGAGGCGUGGAGUUUGCUUCGAGAAUCGGUUGUUGAUUAUUGUGGGAAUCCGGUGGGAACUCUUGCCGCUAUUGAUCCAGCAGACAAGACGCCGCUCAAUUAUGAUCAGGUCUUUAUUCGGGAUUUUGUUCCCUCGGCACUUGCUUUCUUGCUUAAUGGAGAGCCUGAGAUUGUCAAGAACUUUCUUCUUCACACAUUGCAGUUACAGAGCUGGGAAAAGACAGUCGAUUGUUACAGCCCUGGGCAAGGGUUGAUGCCGGCAAGCUUCAAAGUUAAGACUGCUCCUCUUGAUGGAAGUGAUGGAAAAUUUGAGGAAGUUUUAGAUCCUGACUUUGGCGAAUCAGCCAUUGGACGUGUUGCACCUGUUGAUUCAGGUUUGUGGUGGAUAAUUAUGUUGAGAGCUUAUGGAAAAAUCACAGGUGACUAUACAUUACAAGAACGGGUGGAUGUCCAGACAGGCAUAAGAUUGAUACUUAAUCUCUGUUUAACUGAUGGAUUUGACAUGUUUCCUACUCUGCUAGUGACGGAUGGUUCCUGUAUGAUUGACAGAAGGAUGGGUAUUCAUGGACACCCCCUUGAAAUCCAAGCAUUAUUUUACUCAGCUCUACGCUGCUCCCGUGAAAUGCUCAUUGUCAACGAUGGAACAAAAAAUCUGGUUGCUGCAGUCAACAAUCGACUGAGUGCACUUUCUUUUCACAUUAGAGAGUACUAUUGGGUGGAUAUGAAGAAACUCAAUGAGAUUUACCGUUAUAAGACAGAGGAGUAUUCUACAGAUGCCGUCAAUAAAUUCAAUAUCUAUCCAGAUCAAAUUCCUUCUUGGUUGGUGGACUGGAUUCCUGAUGAAGGUGGUUACCUCAUUGGCAAUUUACAACCUGCCCAUAUGGAUUUUAGGUUCUUCACUCUCGGAAAUCUUUGGUCUAUUGUAUCAUCUCUUGGUACCCAACAACAGAAUGAGGGUAUUUUGAAUUUGAUGGAGACCAAAUGGGAUGAUUUUGUGGCUCAAAUGCCUCUGAAGAUUUGUUACCCUGCCAUGGAGUAUGAAGAAUGGCGUAUAGUUACUGGUGCUGACCCAAAGAAUACGCCAUGGUCAUAUCAUAAUGGCGGAUCCUGGCCAACACUCCUGUGGCAGUUCACAUUGGCCUGCAUCAAGAUGGGAAAGACAGAAUUAGCAGAGAAGGCAGUUGCCUUGGCAGAGAAGAGGCUGUCUGGGGAUCACUGGCCUGAAUAUUAUGAUACAAAAAAUGGGAGAUUUAUAGGCAAGCAAUCCCGUCUUCACCAGACAUGGACCAUUGCCGGUUACCUAACUUCAAAAAUGCUUUUGGAGAACCCUGAGAAGGCAGCACUCUUGUUUUGGGACGAGGAUUAUGAACUUCUCCAGACUUGUGUUUGUGCGCUCAUCAAAACCAGUAAAAAAAAGUGUUCCAGAAGGUCUCAAAUUCAGGUCUAGUCACAAGGAUAUCUUUAUGCUCAUUGUGGGUAGCUACUAGCUAGUUACACCCCGGAGUGCAUCCAGGAGCUCGAAAACAUGAUUUUGGAGCUGACUUCUCUCUAACAACCAGCAUGUGUAAAAUAAAUAAUUGUGUCAAACAUUCAUUGAAGGGAGGCCAAGUUUUAAUAGAGCCUUCAGCCCAUUGGAAUCUGUAGGGGCUUAACAAAUUGUCAGUUUCAUGUACCAUGAUUGCUACAGUCAAACAACAUUUGCCUUAUUACUGGAUUUAUCAUUCUUCCCUUUUAAUUUCCAUUGGGGUGGAAGUUUAAAGACUUUAAACCUUCAUCCAGAUGGAACCGUAUCAGAAUGAUGUUUAUCCGACCAUAUAGACUUUCUAUUGUUUAUGUA